AUGGAGUCACUUAACGGCGUAAGUAUGCGGUGUUGGUUAACGUUGGUUCACACCAUUGGACCACGCACUUGCCUCGUGUACGGUGGUUGUAUUCUUGUGGCGCACCCUCUGCCCAUGACUUCAAGGACUCUGAGCAGUCAAGAAUUCGCAAUGCCCGUUCUGAACACGUUAGAGCCCUCGACACCCACUAAUAUACUCAGAUCGCCACCUCCCUCAAGCUUCACAGACGCUGCACCCCCUUUCGACGAUCGUGAUGCCGACGUCGUCCUUCGGUCGGGCGAUCACGUAGACUUCCGUGUCUACGGAAUCAUACUGUCGCUAGCAUCUCCAGUGUUCAAGACCAUGUUCACCCUCCCAACCCCGAGCCGCUCGUCCACCACCGCCCGUCAGAACGACGACGACCACAGAGACGGUUUACCCAUCGUGCCGCUCUCCGAAGACGCAGAUAUCCUUGAUCCCAUCCUCCGCGCAUGCUACCCCGGUGCCGGGCCACAUAUCGAUCAUCUCGGUACCCUCCAUCGCGCUUUGGUAGCAUCAGAGAAAUACCAGAUCGUGGCGCUGUGCCCAUGGGCGGAGCUUGUCCUCACAUCCCACCUCAACACGUCGCCCGUGGAGGUAUACGCACUCUCGUGCAGUUUCGGGUAUCCACACCUCAUCCCCACUGCCGCAAAGGCUGCACUCGCCAUCAAGUUCGACGACCUCAUCGCUAGUUCCACGACAGCUCUCCGCUCUAUGGAUAAUAUUCACUUCCGACGUCUCCUCCAGUACCAUCGCAAGUGCGGCGAGGCCGCCAGCCGGGUAGCCAUCACACGCUCAUGCCUGGAAGUCAGCAAUUAUAUGGUGGACGGCGUACGGGUUUGUGAGUGUCAGGAGAAGGUACCCGAGCACUAUGAUCCAGAGUCAGCGACAAAGUCUAACAGGGAGUUGUGGGCACCGCCGCUGGUGUGGGAAUACCUGGAACGAGCUGCAUAUGCGUUGAAAGAGCGCCCAAUUCCGAACCUCGUCCUCGACUCACAGAUACUUCCUGAUAAUCCAGUCAGAGGAUGUGGCCGUUGCCACAUCUGGCGAACAGCUGCCUUAAAUAGGCUUGCCAGUCGUUUCUAUAGGCUCGUGCGCGAGGCUAUAGACCAAGUAGAUCUUCCGGCAUUCACCUGA